GUUUUACAGCAGUCUAUGCUCAGAUUUGACAGAAGAACAAUCGUCGGAGGAUGUUGAUUACUCAUUCGCCAAUAAUGUUUAAUUUUUAAACAAUAAUUUAAUAUUAACAACAAAAAUAAACAGUGCAGAUAGUUUGUUAUAUAUUGUGUGUGUUUUAUGGAGCAUUCGGUCAAAAUGCAUCGCCGCCGCGGACCUAACUUCACGUAUGUGAGCGGAUGUGUAAAAUAUAUGAUUUUUGUGUUGAAUUUUAUAUUCUGGUUAUUCGGAGGGUUGCUGAUAGCGGUGGGCCUGUACGCGUUCAUCGAUAAAUGGCAAGCCACAGGACUGAUAAAGUUGGACACAGUGUACGAUGUGAUGCUGAAUAUAAGUCUCCUGAUAGCGCUGCUCGGCGGUGUGGUGUUCAUCGUCAGCUUCGCCGGCUGCGUGGGCGCACUCCGAGAGAACACGUGCUUACUCAAGUUUUACUCCCUAUGCCUGCUGAUCCUGUUCCUGGUGGAGAUGGGGGGCGCGGUGUGUGGGUUCGUGUUCCCCCGCUCCCUGCACGGGCUGCUGGAGCUCAGCUUCACGGAGCGCGUCGUGCACGCCUACAGGGACGACCCUGACCUGCAGAACUUCAUCGAUUUCGCUCAGAGUGAUUUCCACUGCUGCGGUCUAACCUCAGACGGCUACAUGGACUGGUCCAAGAACGAAUACUUCAACUGCUCAUCACCGUCCGUCGAAAGGUGCGGGGUUCCAUUCUCGUGCUGCAUCAACGCGACUGAUAUAUCCUCCGGUCUCGUCAACAUCAUGUGCGGGUAUGGAGUGCAGAAUUAUCCGGUGGCAGAAGCCAGUAAGCGCGUAUGGACGAGUGGUUGUAUAGAGAUAGUGCGCGCGUGGGCGGAACGCAACCUGUACACCAUCGCCAGCGUGGCCCUCGCCGUGGCGCUCGCGCAGCUCUUCGUCAUCUACCUCGCCAAGACACUGGAGGGACAGAUCGAGUUGCAGAAGGCUAGUUUUUAUAAAAACUAAUUUCAGAUGGCAAACAUGAAACAGGGGCACAUUGGGCGCCUACCGAGACGAGUGCCGGCGAGCGCUGCUGUAGCAGGCGCCUCGCACGGGACUCGAACCCGCGCCCCCCGCACUCCACAUGUGAUCCAACUACCACAAACUAAACGGUAAACCAUGUGAAGUGUCAUGACUUUUUUCAUAAACUUGGAAUCGAACCUGCGUCUAGUGUGCCAUUGACUCUCAUUGUGACCCGACACAUUUGAUGUGCCAUCGACUUAUAAACUUCCGGGAAUCGAACCUGUGUAAUAAACUUAGGAUUGAACAGUAUGCGUGUCAUCGUUUUCCUGGACUGGGAAUCGAAGCCGCGAACAACAAAUGCAUUUAUGUGCCAUUGACAUUAUUAUGGUGGAAUUAAUGUCUGCAGUUGAGAAUUUUACUUAUUUUUCAUCACAAGGGACAAGAUUCAAUAACCGGGAUAAACAAAUAUUACCCAUUUGCAUUUAAUGUUAGACGAUAUCUCAUUUAAACAGUAUAAAAAAAAAUGUGAGAAAGGGAUAGCAAUAACUAUAAUAGUGAGGGAUAGUGCCAUCCUUUUCUUACAUAAAACAACAUUCCAUUAUUUUUGUAAUCUCAUCUAAUCAUAAAUUGGCUCAAACUCAACUAUUUUAUGUAUACUAAUAACACUAUAAGUUAAAAUGUGCCAAAAAAACUAAAAGCCUAAAUUGCCAGAUUAAAAAAUGUUAACAUCAGUGUUGCCAAUAGAAAAAAAAUAAGUAAAAUUCUUAAAAAAAACAUCACAAAAAGAAUCUCAGGUUAGUUCUUGAAUUUCGUAUCAUCACGCUUGCCCCAUAGGGAGCGGGCAGAUCUCUGUGAGCUUUUAUUUAAGCAUUAUUGUGCAUAUUAUUACUAUUAUUAGUUAAUUAUUAAUCUAUGUAUGUAUGUAUGUGUUGCCAAUUGACGGUGUUUAUAUUAUCUGUAGUUUGUAAGCUAGUGUUGCCAGUAUUUGGUGUUUGUUUUUUGGGAUAAGUGGAUUUGAAGAAAGAAAGAAAGAAAUACUGACAAAUUAUAAUAUUGAAACUUUCAACAUUAUAAUUUUACUGUAUUUUUAAGAGAAAGAUGUUUCGUUGUGUCGUCAGAUUGCAGUAUGUAUAGUUGCUUGUCUACUUAUCCCAAAAAAAAAUAU